AUGGAUAUACCAAACUGCACGCGGAGAGCAGGCCAUCUAAUAUUAUACAAUUUCGACUCGAUUCUUUGUUCCCAAGAAAUUGGGGUUAUUCUUUACGCAGAGCCCAUUCCUGGCAUGCAAGUUUUGGCCCUCGGGUAUGAACGUUUAACGCUGUUUUUUAAUGAGGAGGUUUGCUUUGAUUCCCUUUUUGACGAGAAGUUUCUGAUCCUUCAGUGGUCUUUUGUCGGCUCCGUUGCCGAACAGAUCCGAUGGACAGGGUUUCUCUACGAAAUGGGUGGGCAUGAGACGGAAGAUGAGGUGUUUUUUGUGGAUAUUGCUUUGGAUUGCACAUGGAUACCUAGCCGGGCUGGAAACUCUAUUUUGAUUGGCAUUUAG